UUGACCGGCAUCCAGAACCCUCGGAAACUCUUGACGGCCGCACACGUCACUCGGGCCCCGUUUGGGUUGUUCGAAUCGUCCGGUCGAAAUAACCAUUUGUGGCUGUUCUGAUCCGUUGGGUUCCUUUUUUUUUUUUUCUUUCGUGGCCGCUUCGCUUGCACACGUUAGCACACGUCUCUUUUUUUUCUCCCCUCGCUUGCCCACGAUAUCACCUCUGGUGGGUUGUGGUGGAACCACCACACAACGCGGCUUUUGACGACUUUCUCCAUCUUACACUCCGUGUCAUUCUUCAGAUUUCAAGAAUCUGCGCCAGGAUCCAUCCGUCCGUCCCACUGGAUUGGUAGAUCGAACCUGUCACGAUCUGGAGAUCCCCGCCCUCAGUCAACCCGCUCAACGGCUGUUUCAUCCGUGCUUGCACCCGAACCCUGCGCACGGCGCUUCGAGAGCGAAGCUUCCGGUCCACAUUUGAGAUUCCUGCCCUGCUACAUUCCUUCCCCUUUUGCCCGAGUUCACAUAUCUCAACCACCGCAAGAUUCCCCGACCGACCCCCGUUGAUUAUUGCUUGUUUAUAUUCUAUAUUUGUUUUCCCCUCGAAAGGGCUACGGCCGGGCCCCCCAUGUCCUGCGCUUAACUUCUCCAUCCCGAAUCAUUCGCUUUGCGGCCUCGGCUCCCAUCCGCGAACAUCGGACGGAAACGAGUUCUUGCGAUCACUCCUCGACAAAAUGGCCGCCAAUGCGCAGGCGACCCCGGCGCCGCCUUUAAAUGUCCAGCGCGGCAAUUAUCUCUGGGUUCUUCAUGAACACACCCCGCGCGGAGAUGAUGAGUUGCGAAUGAAGCGCGGCGAUGUGAUUCUGCUGGAGGAAAUGGAUGAAGAAUUUCAGGAUGGUUGGUGGCUGGGUGAACACCCUGGAACUGGCCAAAAGGGCCUCUUUCCAGCAGGUUUUACCAGAAAGGCGCAAGCCCACGAGGUCCCUACCAGCUAUAGACUCCCCAGCUCGCUAGAGCACAUCCAGACCGACCCCGCACCCCAAGGGGUAAUUGCAUCCGAAAACACCGAAUCCCCCGCGCAAAUGGAACCAUCUACUCCUGUCGAGACAUCUUUCAAUCCUAUUGGAAGCGAGCAAACAACUCCGCAGGCGUCGCGACAUGCCAGCACCUCGGAGGUGCUGGGUUCUCCCCAGCAACAACGCUCCGCAUCGUCUCCACUUCCACGCCCCAGCCUGGCCGCGAACAUCCAAGAUGCGUUCCGUAGGUCCUUUGAUAGCCAUGCGAAAGGCGAGGACAGCCCGGUGAUGAAUGAGACGUUGAGUGUCAUCGAUGAGCACAUUACGGACAUGAACACUCCUCGUCAUAGUAUGUCAACGCAAGAGGCAAAGACCAUCAACGACUCGGGAAGUGAAUACAGCAGUCAUUUGAGCCAUCGUAUCUCCUACAUCAACGGAAACGAGACGGACGAGGAAGAGAAUACGCACCCGUCAGUAGAGGAGGUCCGCCGAUGGAAUCCCUCCGAGACGGCCAAGCAUCUGCGUGAACUCGGAGUAGAUCCCAGCCAUUGCGAUAUUUUCGAAAGGGAGGAAAUCACCGGCGACGUUCUUCUGGAGAUGGAUCAGGAUACCAUUUUUAUGAAACACUUUGACCUUGGCGUCAUGGGUAAGCGACUCAAGACUUGGCACAAGAUCAAGGCAUUCCAAGAGGAAGUGAAGGGCAUCAUGCCGCAGGUACAACCUACGAGGGGCUCAAUUUCUAGCUUCGCGGGUCCUUCGGUCCCCGAGGAGCGGUCACUGUCACGGGCAGGCCAUACUGGUCCAUUCCUCCCGCGAAUCCCAACGGUUUCUGAAAGGACUGGUUCGACGUACGUGCCUCGUAUCUCUACCGUGCCUGGACAGCAGCACGUUCCCGGACAGCACCCAAGGCUGGCCAGCAACGGCAGCUCCCCUAUGACCCCUAUGACGCCUCAAUUCGGGAAUGAUUCUCCAAGAAGAGUCUCCGCAGCUUCGAUCCGUGACUAUAAUCGACGCCACUCUUCCAUCGACGCCACCAAUCGUGGUCUUCCUGAAUUUGGUAUGAAUGGCAGCCAUCAGAAAAAGCCCUCUUUCGACCGGGGCUGGACGCUCAACAAUGGCUACCAACCGUUGCCAGCCCGGCCAGGAACGUCGAUUGGUACUACUACAGCUUAUCGUGGACCACAAGUCACCGGAUCGGAACCCAAUACGCCGGAGCAGUACGAGGAUCUCGAACGAGGAUACUUUUCUGGAACCGAAGUGGAAUCCCGCCGAUCUCGACGCCUUUUGCAAAAGCGCACAUCGACCGGUGGUAGCAUUAGCCAUUCUCGAAAGUCGAGCUACGCAGAAGAACCUUAUCGAGUCAGAAGUGCCGGUCAGCGCCAAUCUCGCAUUGGUAGUGUCGAUUCCAUGCGCGACGCAGCGGCGCACGUCUCGCCUGCUGCCCAGGCCUAUCACAAAACGCCACCUAAGAGUCGAUUCAGGAGCAUGAGCACGCGAGCGUCAAACUCGCAAUCUUCUAAUACUGAUGGCAAGACUGGAUUCUUCUCAAGCUUCGGGCCCCUGAUAAGGAGCAAGAACGAGUCCAGGGGUGAGAACAAGAGCGAGGUGAAGGAUGGCAAGGCAGAGGGUAAAGCAGAGAGUAAUGUUCGCUCCUCGACGAUGCCCUUCCAGUUGCCAAAGAUGGGCGGUGCUGGACCCAAGAUUCGACGAGCGGUCGGCCUCCGCACCAUCUCCGACGUCGUUGGCAAAGGUGGUAGCGACAACUCCGCUCCCGUUUCGCCUCGCGACUACGACCCUAUAACUGGUCGCACUGGUUCAACAACCCCGUCUGCCACGUCCAAAAGCUCGGAACGCCAUAGUACUGAUGGGUCUGGCAAGACCGCCGACGGUCCCGGGCUUGUCGUUCGACCAAGGACUGUCAAGUCGAAAAAGGACACCAGUGCCUACACUCGUGGCUUGGAGAAGAAGUCCCCCCGAGAGCAGAUGGACGGCUGUGACUACAGUGGCUGGAUGAAGAAACGGUCGUCCAAUCUGAUGACCACAUGGAAGCCCCGGCUGUUUGUCCUGCGCGGGCGCCGUCUUUCCUAUUACUAUUCUGAAGACGACACGGAAGAGAGAGGCUUGAUCGACAUCACCGCUCACCGUGUGCUGCGGGCCGACAAUGACCCCAUCGUUGCCCUACACGCGACAGUCACCGGCGCUACAGCAUUACCCGCCAACGCCACUGCUACCGAAAAUGCAGGAGGCAUGAAGGUUACCAGUCCCGCUGUCAUUGCUUCGCUUACGGGCAAGGACAACGGUGGACCAUUCUUCUUCAAACUGGUACCCCCGAAGUCGAACAAUUCGCGUACUGUGCAAUUCACCCGGCCAACCACCCACUUUUUCCAGGUCGACAGUGUCCAGGAAGGCCGUCUAUGGAUGGCCGCUCUCAUGAAAGCGACUAUCGAGCGUGACUUGUCUGGAAAGGUGGAAACUAGCAACAAGCAAAAGACCAUCAGUCUCAAACAAGCUCGCCUGAUGCAGGCACGCCCACCAGCGCUGAUGAACCCUCCCACCAGCUCAGAGCAGCCGGGUCAAUUGCUCGAGGAAGAUGAAGAGGACAAAGGGCUUCGAAUUGAGGGUUUGAACCUGGCCAAAUCGCCCUCAUCGGACGGCAAUUCUAAUACCGAAACGGGGAACGAGGCCCCAGAGAACGAACUGGAGGGAGCUCAGCGUCCACAAUCAAAUCCACUUGGUGACAUCGAGGUUGGAAGCUCGCCUCUCCUCCUUGACUCGGUAACCAAGACUGAAUCAAAGUAAAAAUCUCUCUUGCUGAAGAUUCUUGCUAUAUUUCCGGCACAGGAAACCGAGCCCAUCUCAUUCAGUUGCUGUCUACUGUUGCCAUCCUCCCCUCUCCCCCUCUCCGAUUUACCUGAUCUCCGAUUUACCGGAACCCCCACUUUUUACGUCCCAUUCUCUCUGUUGCUAUAUUACCCCCUUACCUUUCUUAUGUUUCUGUUGCUCUCUUCCCACUGCCCCCUCUACACUCCCCUACCCCUUUGGCGUUUGAUGUGAUAUACCCCCUCGAUCUCCGACUCGACUUUCCGUCCAUUCUUUGUUGGCCACGGUCAACUUUUUCCUUCUUUCAACUUUUUUUUUUUCUUUCUUCAACGACUUGGAUGACGCGGACAUGAAGGGGUGGAUGCGGACGGCCUUGUCUGUAUGAUAAUCUUGGUUUGAAUGAUUUUGGCUUAUGUGGAGUAUGAUUGAUAUGGUGGAACGAUUUGCGAGAUGUGGAUCUUCGUGGCUCUAUCUUGGACUAUCUUUCUCCUAUAUACGAUUACUCGUGGAUUUGUAGAUAAUUCUAAUAUCUUGGCUCUAUUCUUAUCUUGUGUGUCACUG